UCUUUCAGGAGUAGGAGUGUAUUAAGCUUGCUUUGGAUGUUUGAGGAGGAGGAUUAGGAGAAGGAGGGACUUUAACCAAAGAAGAUUAGAAAAGCGAAAGAAAAGUUGAGAAAAAGUUGGGAAUCAUGCCUAUGAGGCAAAUGAAAGAGAGCUCAGAGCAGCACUUUGUGAUUAAGCCUCUCUUGACCAACUAUAACACCAUGAAUCAAGCUCAAAAACAACCUAAAGCCCCCAAAAAUGUCAAAGACCCCCAAAACCAAGAACCCAAGACUUCUCCUCCUCCUGCAAAGAACCGCGGAAGGAGGAGGGGACGCGGUGGUCGGAAAUCGGACCCGGUUGAGACUUUAAUGCGACCGAGUUCGAGACCUUGCUUUGCCGGUUCUGUCCAAAUCACUACUACCCAUUUACCAAAUACAGAUGGGUCUGCAGAGGGUAGUAGUAGUAGUAGUAGAAGUCGUCUUCCAUGUGAAGUAGAGAUGCCGCCGGGCUUUCCUUCUUCGACAAAAAGCUCGAGUUUUGCCCCCAGGCCGGGUUAUGGGCAGCUAGGGACCAAGUGCAUAGUGAAGGCCAACCAUUUCUUGACAGAGUUGCCAAACAAGGACUUAAACCAGUAUGAUGUAACUAUAAUACCUGAAGUGGCAUCAAGAACUGUGAACAGAGCUAUCAUAGCAGAACUUGUGAAAGUGUACAGAGAAUCUGAUUUGGGAAGGAGAUUGCCUGCAUAUGAUGGCAGGAAAAGUCUAUACACUGCCGGUGAACUCCCUUUUACAUGGAAGGAAUUCAAGAUUAAAAUUGUCGAUGAAGAUGAUGGAAUUACGGGUCCUAAAAGAGAAAGGGAGUACAAAGUUGUAAUCAAGUUUGUUGCAAGGGCAAACAUGUAUCAGCUCAGCCAAUUUCUGGCGGGCAAGCGUGCUGAUGGUCCAAAAGAAGCACUUCAAAUUCUCGAUGUUGUGUUGAGAGAGCUUUCGAUGAAGAGAUACUGCCCUGUUGGGAGAUCAUUCUUUUCUCCUGAUAUUCGCAAACCACAACGGCUUGGAGAGGGAUUGGAAUCCUGGUGUGGAUUCUACCAAAGCAUUAGGCCUACUCAGAUGGGCCUGUCACUUAACAUUGAUAUGGCUUCAGCUGCCUUUAUUGAGCCUCUUCCCGUAAUGGAGUAUGUUGCCCAGCUUCUAGGAAAAGAUGUGAUGUCAAGGCCACUCUCAGAUUCUGACCGAGUUAAGAUUAAGAAAGCCCUUAGAGGGGUGAAAGUUGAAGUAACACAUCGAGCCAACGUGAGAAGGAAAUAUCGUGUUUCAGGAUUGACAUCUCAGCCAACGAGAGAGUUGGUAUUUCCUGUUGAUGAUAAUUUGACAAUGAAGUCAGUGGUUGAAUACUUCCAAGAAAUGUAUGGAUUCACAAUUCAACAUGCACACCUUCCUUGCCUUCAAGUUGGAAAUCAGAAGAAGGCAAAUUAUUUACCAAUGGAGGCAUGUAAAAUUGUUGAGGGGCAGCGAUAUUCGAAGAGGUUAAAUGAAAAGCAGAUUACAGCCUUGUUAAAGGUUACAUGUCAACGACCCAGAGACCGGGAAAAUGACAUCUUGCAGGCUGUUCAACAAAACAGUUACGAUCAAGAUCCCUAUGCUAAAGAAUUUGGCAUCAAAAUUAGCGAAAAGUUGGCUUCUGUGGAGGCUCGUGUUCUUCCUGCACCUUGGCUGAAAUAUCAUGAAACUGGGAAAGAGAAAGAUUGUUUGCCUCAAGUUGGACAAUGGAACAUGAUGAAUAAGAAAGUAAUCAAUGGGAUGACGAUUGGACGGUGGGCAUGCAUUAACUUCUCGAGAGGUGUGCAAGAGAGUGUUGCUCGUGGUUUUUGUAAUGAACUGGCCCAAAUGUGUCAAGUGUCUGGCAUGGAGUUUAAUCCAGAUCCUGUAAUCCCAAUCUACUCGGCAAGGCCGGAGAAUGUUGAGAAAGCUUUGAAGCAUGUUUAUCAUGCAAGCUUGAAUAAAUUUAAAGGAAAGGAGUUAGAACUUUUGCUAGUCAUUCUGCCAGACAAUAACGGAUCCCUCUAUGGAGAUAUAAAGAGGAUAUGUGAAACUGAGCUGGGUUUGAUAACACAGUGUUGUUUGACAAAACAUGUAUUCAAGAUUAGCAAGCAGUACCUGGCUAAUGUUUCCUUAAAGAUCAAUGUCAAGAUGGGUGGUAGAAACACCGUUCUUUUAGAUGCUAUCAGCUGUAGAAUUCCCUUGGUAAGCGAUAUACCAACCAUAAUAUUUGGGGCCGAUGUGACUCAUCCUGAAAAUGGUGAAGAUUCAAGCCCCUCAAUUGCUGCGGUUGUGGCUUCUCAGGAUUGGCCAGAAGUUACAAAGUACGCAGGAUUGGUUUGUGCUCAACCUCAUAGGCAAGAGCUCAUUCAAGAUUUGUACAAGAGCUGGCAUGAUCCAGUCCGAGGCACUGUCAGUGGAGGCAUGAUUCGGGAUCUUCUUGUUUCUUUCCGUAAGGCUACUGGGCAAAAGCCAUUGAGGAUCAUAUUUUACAGGGACGGUGUGAGCGAAGGGCAGUUCUACCAAGUCUUGCUUUAUGAAUUGGAUGCUAUUCGGAAGGCUUGUGCAUCGUUAGAACCAAAUUAUCAACCUCCAGUUACAUUCAUUGUUGUACAAAAACGGCAUCAUACACGAUUGUUUGCUAAUAACCAUAGGGAUCGUAGCAGCACAGACAAGAGUGGGAAUAUUUUGCCUGGCACUGUUGUGGAUUCUAAAAUCUGUCAUCCUACAGAAUUUGAUUUCUAUCUCUGCAGCCACGCUGGAAUUCAGGGGACAAGUCGGCCAGCUCACUAUCAUGUGUUAUGGGAUGAGAACAACUUUACUGCAGAUGGAAUUCAGUCUUUGACCAAUAAUCUUUGUUAUACAUAUGCCCGUUGCACUAGAUCAGUCUCUGUUGUCCCUCCAGCAUAUUAUGCACAUUUGGCUGCAUUUCGGGCGAGGUUUUAUAUGGAGCCAGAAUUGCAGGAGACUAAUGGCAAAGUGACCAGAGGAGGGGGAAACACUGAAAGUGGCGGAGUUCGUCCUUUGCCUGCCCUCAAGGAGAAUGUGAAGAGAGUGAUGUUCUAUUGCUAGGAAACAUAGAAGUAAAACUCUUUGUUAGAAACAUGUCAAUCAAAGAGAAGGAGGGAGCCUGUUUGUAAAUUGGUGGGCUUGUUCUUGUGGUGUAGGUUUUUUUAGCAAUGAGUUGAGUAUUUUUAGUUCAGUGGUUACUGGUUUUAGGUAAAAUAGAGGCUGCGCAAACCUUUUUAUUGAGUACAUUCUUCUUCUUUUUCUA